CAUUACUCUCUCGCACACGUUUUUAUAUUUUUUUCUCACGCCAUCCUACACAAAGUCGGCUCUGAAGCAGAUCGCGAUCUGAAAUUUAAUUUUCGAAGAAGGAAGUGUAGAUUAUGCCAGAGUUGCUGACUUUACCAGUAACUGAUUAGAAUUUGUUUAAGGUAGAAGAUCGCCAUGGCUGCUUCAGAAGAGAAUAGUGCAUUGUUUCCGAUUUUCAUUUUAACAAUAAUGGCACUGCCUUUGGUGCCGUAUACAAUACUGAAGUUGUGCCGAGCAGCAUCCAAGAAAACAAAGGUAAUUCAUUGCCAGUGUGCAGAAUGCUCUCGCUCGGGGAAGUACCGCAAAUCCAUAUUUAAGCGGAUCUCGAACUUCUCAACUUGUAGUAACUUGACUCUGGUGCUACUCUGGGUCAUCAUGAUAUUCUUGGUUUAUUACAUCAAGAGCAUUAGCCAAGAGAUUCAAGUUUUCGAGCCUUUCAGUAUACUUGGGUUGCAGCCUGGAGCUACAGAUUCUGAAAUAAAGAAAGCAUAUAGGAGACUUUCUGUUCAAUACCAUCCAGAUAAAAAUCCAGAUCCAGAGGCUCACAAGUAUUUCGUGGAGUACAUAGCCAAGGCUUAUCAGGCUCUCACAGAUCCUAUAUCCCGUGAAAAUUUUGAGAAAUAUGGACAUCCAGAUGGAAGACAAGGUUUUCAAAUGGGCAUUGCUCUUCCCCAGUUCUUGCUGGACAUUGAUGGAGCAUCUGGGGGCAUUCUCUUACUGUGGAUUGUUGGUGUUUGUAUUCUCUUGCCGUUGGUGAUUGCUGUCAUAUAUCUCUCUAGGUCAUCAAAGUAUACCGGAAACUAUGUCAUGCAUCAAACUCUAUCAACUUACUAUUAUUUCAUGAAACCUUCUUUGGCCCCAAGCAAAGUCAUGGAAGUCUUCAUUAAGGCUGCUGAAUAUAUGGAAAUACCAGUUCGUAGGACUGAUGAUGAACCUCUCCAGAAACUGUUUAUGUCAGUUAGGAGUGAGUUGAAUCUGGACCUUAAGAACAUUAAGCAAGAGCAAGCUAAAUUUUGGAAACAGCAUCCUGCUAUAGUGAAGACUGAGCUGUUGAUUCAGGCACAAUUAACCCGUGAAUCAGCUGCCUUAUCUCCAGCUCUACUUGGUGAUUUCAAGCGCAUGCUAGAACUUGCACCUCGACUCCUGGAAGAAUUACAGAAGAUGGCACUUAUACCUCGUACUGCCCAAGGUCAUGGAUGGCUGAGACCUGCUGUAGGAGUUGUGGAGCUUUCUCAAUGUAUCAUUCAGGCUGUUCCACUCAGUGCAAGAAAGGCAACUGGAGGAUCUAGUGAAGGCAUUGCAUCUUUCUUGCAGCUGCCACAUUUUAGUGAGGCUGUUGUAAAAAAGAUAGCUCGCAAGAAGGUAAGAACAUUUCAAGACCUUCGAGACAUGAUUAUGGAGGAUCGUGCUCAACUUCUAACUCAAGCAGCUGGAUUUUCUCCCGCUGAAGUACAAGAUGUUGAGAUGGUAUUGGAAAUGAUGCCUUCCUUAACGGUUGAAGUCACAUGUGAGACCGAGGGUGAAGAGGGUAUACAAGAGGGUGAUGUUGUGACAGUUCAAGCUUGGAUAACCCUUGAGCGUGGCAAUGGCUUGAUCGGUGCUCUUCCCCAUGCCCCCUAUUUCCCAUUCCACAAGGAAGAAAAUUUCUGGUUCUUGCUUGCAGAUUCUGUCUCAAACAAUGUAUGGUUUUCCCAAAAGGUGAGCUUCAUGGACGAAGCUACAGCAAUAACUGCCGCUUCCAAAACAAUUCAGGAGACAAUGGAGGUUUCUGGAGCAAGUGCCAAGGAGACUAGCGAAGCUGUCAAAAGAACCAUAGAGAAGGUUCGAGGUGGUUCCAGAUUGGUGAUGGGCAGAUUCCCCGCCCCAACUGAAGGAAACUACAACUUGACUUCUUACUGCUUAUGCGACUCCUGGAUAGGUUGCGAUAAAAAGACAAACUUGAAGGUUAAAAUCCUGAAAAGAACAAGAGCCGGCACGCGGGGUGGUCUCGUAUCGGAAGAAGGACCUAUUGUGGAGGAUGGAAUCGAAGAAGAAGAGGAGAACGAAGAGGACUAUGACGAUUAUGAGAGUGAAUACAGCGAAGAGGAGGAAGAGGAGAAGGAUACGAAAAAGAAGGGCCCUGCUGCUAAUGGUGCAGUGCAUAAUAAAGGCUCAAGCUCUGAAGGUUCAGGCUCAGAUGAGGAAUGAAAAAUAAAUUCCAAAUUUCAUUUAGAAGAAUAAAACCCUACUUUUUUUUCUCUUUUUCAGAAUAUCUUUUUAACUUUUUUUUUAAAUAGUGAUUAAAUUAAGGAGGAUAAGUUUCAGAGAUUCAAAGUAACUAUGAUACUACAGGGAUUAGACACUAGUGUACUAUUUUUUAAAAAAAUUAGUUGGAUGUAUCGGAUUUGUGUUAUUUUUGAGUUUAAAAUUUAAGUUUUUCA